AGUGUGUCGCACAAAAAGGAAAGAAAGGAACAUCUAUCAAGAAAUCAUUUGCUUAGAUGAAGAGUAUGGGUAGCACUGAUAACAUGAUGUCUCCACAGAAAUGUGUUACAAUUCUUUUCCUAUUUAUAGGAAUAUCUCAAAGGACAUCUGCAAUUGACUUGAGCCCAGCCAGUCCCAUUAACACAAAUGAAGGAAGAACAACCAAUCAAGUCAUUACCAGAGCAUCUGGAUGUAACAGAUAUGAACCUAUUAAUAAUAGGGCAUUUGCAAUUGACACAUUUUCUGGAGUAAUUACUGCAACAAUUGAUUUUGAUUAUGAAGACACCAGCACACCUGAUACUUACAAUAUGAGAGUUCAAUGUACAAGUGGUUUACUGUCAUCCAGAACACUUACAGAUUUGACUGUGAAUAUUAUAAAUAUUAAUGAGGCACCAAUAUGUGAUCCACGUUUUAAAGACAAAAGAUUUAAUAGAACAGUUGCUGAGGAUCAUCCAGUGCAUCGCUCCAUAUUUCAAGUACCUGUGAGGGAUCCAGAUGGAGAUGACCUUACGUAUAGAGUGGUUUCACAAUCAUCUAGGCCAAACGAUGGAAGAUUUUUUGAUGUAGAUCCUGAUAUUGGAUUUGUUUACAUAAACGCUCCUGUACCCCCGGAUUUUGAUGCAGGAUAUGAGGAAUUCAGACUUAUAAUAAACGUUACAGACCCUGGAGGUCUUUUCUGUGUGGGAGGGAUCAUUAUCAAUAUCAGAGACCUGAAUGACGAAACCCCAGAAUUUAUAAAAAUUGAAAAUGAUAUUAUUUAUGUACCUGAAAAUACUUUGAUUGGUUCCAUCCUUCAUGUAUUUGAAGCAACAGAUAGAGAUGCUGCAAGUGUAGUGACGUACAGUUUUCCAGGAAGAACAGACAUGUUUGAUAUAAACCGAAAUACUGGUGCAUUAACACUACGUCAGCCUCUGGAUUAUGACAAUCCUGACAUCCACAACGCAUAUGCUUUACCUGUUGUUGCCUCUGAUGGGAAAAACACAGCCUUUUAUUUUUGUGAAGUACAUGUUACUAAUGUCGAUGAGCCACCAGAAUGUGACCCUGCUAUUUCUUCUGUAACAGGAAUCUCUUUAUCAGUUCCUGAAACAUUUCCCAUUUUCACAACUCUAUAUACUGUCCUUGCUAAGGAUCCAGAUGAAGGAGAUGAUGUCAAAUUUAAAAUCUCACACUCAUCCCUUGAAGCAGAUACAUUUUUUACCCUAAAUGAAGAUUCUGGCAUUAUUUCUACCACUGGUAAACCUUUGGACUAUGAAUCAGACCCAAAGAAAUUUAUGAUCUCAAUCAAGGUUGAAAAUGUAAAGGAAAAUCCAAUGUUCUGCCGAGGUUUAAUCACACUCAGCCUGCAAAAUGAAAAUGAUGAAGAGCCUAUUUUUCAAAAUUUGCCAAAUAGGCCUAUCAAAAUCCCUGAAAAUCUUGCUCCUGGAACAGUUGUCAUAAAGUUACAAGCAACUGACCGAGAUAUUGGAGACACUGUGCACUAUGAAUUUUUCACCAGGUACCCUGGAUUUUUCAUAGAUGAAGAUUCUGGUGAAGUAAAAAUUGCUUACCACUUGGACUAUGAAGACCCUAACAUUGUUUAUGAACAACGAUUAAUUGUCCAUGCUUUUGAUAAUGACAGAGUUCACACUGCAGUGGCAGAAUUAAUAGUGCAACUAACAGAUGUUAAUGAUAACUAUCCCCAGUGCGAAGGAUUUCCUAAUAUGAUACAAGUGGCUGAAACAAUUGAAAUCAAUACCCAUUUGAUGUCAAUCACAUGUGUGGAUAAAGACAUUGAAGAACCAAAUAAUGUUCUUAGAUACAAGCUGAAUGCUCUUGAUGAUUUUUCAAAAGACAAAUUUACUCUCACUAACAACAUACUUACCACCGGACCUGAAUACUUAGACUAUGAUAAUGAUGAAUUUGCUGGAAUGCAGUUCACACAUAAUCUUCAGAUUGAAGUGUCGGAUGAUGGGACACCUUCUUUGACUAGUACAGUGACGGUUAUUGUAAGAGUAACACGUGUAAAUGAAUUUGAUCCGAAACCAUUAGUAAAUGUGUUUCAAGUGGCUGAAAACAGCCCAAUUGAUGCAUUUGUUGGAACAACCAGAGUUACAGAUAUAGACUGGCCAUUUGACAAUAUCAAGUUCAGUUUUGCUGGAGGGGAUUAUGGUAACCCACCAAAGUUCUACAUAGAGUCAGACACAGGAAUCAUUAAGGUGCGCGGUGAGCUGGAUUUUGAAGAAAAGCAGACAUACUCAGUUUCUGUACAAGCAAUUGACCUCAACAACGAUGUGCAACCAGAUCCUCUAGAGCAGCGAAAGAUUUUUACAGUUGUUUCUAUCACUAUUACUAAUGUGAAUGAUGAGGCUCCAGUUUGCUCCCCUGCCUACUAUGAGACACUUAUGUAUUCUACAAAAAAUACAUCUGUAAUAAAACUUCAGUGCUCCGACAAGGACUCACCUGAUGAAGAAUUAAACUAUGCCAUAAUCUCAGAAAAUAAAGCCAACCGAUUUUUUCUUCAGAGGGAUUCUGUAAUGAGCAUGCAGAACUUUCAAUAUAAUGUUUUUGAAGGCAUUGAGGACCCAACAUUGUUUCAAUUGCUGAUUAAAGUGACUGAUGAGCUGGGUGGAAAUAAAGCACUGCAGUUAUCCACCACAGCAACUGUAAUAAUACAUGUGGUGCCCUGGACAACUACAAUUCCAACUACCACACAGAAAGCUACAACAGCACAGGUUACAACAGCUGUGCUUGUCCGAUCUUCAUAUUUCUGGCAUCCUGACAACUGGUUUACCGCUGCUCUUACAAUUACUGCAGCUUUGUUUCUCUUGUGCCUGUAUGCGUGUGCUUGGGGUCUUCUGAAAGAUGUUCCAAAAUAUUCAAAAUUAUUUCCUUUAUGUCGAGAAAAUCAAAAAUCCAAUUCUCCCAGUUUUCCUGACAAGACAAAUAAAGCUAAAAGAAAACAAGAUCCAGCUAACAAAAAUAAUCAGACAAAUGAAAAUCCUAACCUUUUGCCGGGACACCAAUUUGGUGACAAAUAG